AUGGGUGUUUUUAAUUUUGAGGAUGAAGCCACUUCUGUUGUAGCACCUGCUAUACUCUACAAAGCACUAGUUACAGAUGCUGAUAACCUUACUCCAAAGGUUAUUGAUGCCAUCAAAAGUAUUGAAAUUGUUGAAGGAAACGGUGGUGCCGGAACCAUCAAGAAACUCACUUUCGUUGAAGAUGGUGAAACCAAGCAUGUGUUGCACAAAGUGGAGUUAGUAGAUGCUGCUAACUUGGCUUACAACUAUAGCAUAGUUGGUGGUGUUGGAUUUCCAGACACAGUUGAGAAGAUCUCUUUUGAGGCUAAAUUGACUGCUGGACCAAAUGGAGGAUCCAUUGCAAAGCUGGGUGUGAAAUAUUACACCAAAGGAGAUGCUGCUCCUAGCGAAGAGCAACUCAACAAGGACAAAGCUAAGGGUGAUGGUCUUUUCAAGGCCCUUGAGGGUUACUGUUUGGCUCAUCCUGAUUACAACUAA